GCGGGCGCCGCCGCCCCCCCGGCGGCGAGAAGGACGCCCGACGAGCUUGGCCGAUCGGUCCGCGCGCCGCUCCCGGGCCCCGCGCAGGCCACGCAGCCGCCCAGGAUGAGGGCGUGGCUGGCGGGUCGCUGCUCUGGCGCUUCUUCGGCGGAAUGUCCUGCCGAAGCGCGCCGGUGGUGAGCGGUGAGCGGGAGGACGCCUGAGGACGAAGCUCGGCGGCGCGCAGACAGGGGGGCAGGGCGGGCGCGGCGACCUUCCAGCAAGGCAAGGGUGCUUUUCUUGAAGACCCUCCUGCCCUUUCUGCGCAGCCACCUUACAAUCCUCCAGCCGUCGGGGGCCGUCCAUACACCACCUCACCGAUCCUGGGCUGGCCAGGAUCGGCGGGAUGGUCAGCUGGCGGCCUCCGGCCAGCGCUCCUCGACCUUCGACCAUGGAUCCUCGUUUCUCGAUCCCCGAUCCUCCAUACUGCGCUGGCCUCCUCGCCCGGCCCGUAUUCCCGCCGCCAAGAAGUGCGGCCAUCCGCCUGGCGCGGAGAGGCACGGCUGCUUCCGGAACGGAGCCGCGUGCUCUGGCGCCAGAGCCGCUUUCAGAAGGAAAGCACGAUGUGUACCAUACAUGUUUGCUUGCUGCUCGGCUUCUGUUCGCCGUCGGGAGCAGAGUACCGAGCCUUGACACGGGCAAUGCUAGCGGUCCCAGCCUGAAGAGUUGGUCCACGUGCUGGCUGCACAAAGUUGAUUGCCCCGUAAUGGUGAUGUGGGCACACAGCGUGCUCGAGUGCAUUUGCGACGGCGAGUCCAGGCAAGAACCACUAGAGUCUUCGCCGUGCUGCCCGCGCGACCUUCUGAGAUACGUACAGCGGGAUCUCAAAAGUCC